AUGCUUCUAACAUCUUUCAGAGAUACUUGUUUUGUUGAAAUUGUUCCACCGUAUCAGGCUCCACGGAGAGAGCAUUGGCCAAGUUUCUGGUUUGAAGUUCACUACAACUCACUAUACGAUGCUCCAGAUCUCCCGAGCAAAUACAGGCCUAGAAAGAAGCUUGUUUUAGAUUCACAUGUUGCUUCAGGCUUGAAUUUUAUCACAUGGCCUUGUCGAUAUUGCUGGCCGGCCACAUCCUGGAGAGCGGACAUCUACCUCUGA